UGACAAUCGAACCAGGGGGUGGCAGAGAGAGUGCGUUCCUUUAUUUUCGAGACGCGUCUGUAAUGACGCGAUUCUCCGUCAAUCAUUCAUUUCGAAUAUAAAAGGCCUCGUGAAGGCCUCCCAGAAAACUUCUCAAGAAAGUAUUCAUAGUCACUCGUUCCUUAACUGACAUUCCCUAACAAUCUCUUAAAAAUGAAAUUUGCUGCCGCUUCCUUCGCUUUGGUCUCAUCGGCUCUCGCUGCUUCCAGUUCUGCAGUCUCAUACGAAUACGAAACCGUUACCAACUUUCACACAGAUGACAUUACCAUCACUUCUUGUGCCGAUAACAACUGCGUUACCACUGUGCAAUCUGUUACCAGCACUGUUGUCACAGCUACUGUCGACGGUGUCACCACAACUUACACUACUGUUUUGCCUGAGUCCACGACGUCAGCCUCAGUCACUCCCCUGAUUUCCUCAAAGCCAACUUCUGUUGCUGCCGAGUCUGAUGUUCCUUCUCUUUCCGAGGACAUUACCUACGUUGACAUCACCACCACCCCUGUCGUCACUGCUUCUACUGGAAUUGAAUCCACGGUGUACCAGCAGUCCACAUUCACUUCGGUGUACAAUUCUUCCGCAUCUGCGACUGCGUCUGCAUCAGUCAUCUGGGCCAACGAUGCUCCAAGAAACGUUCUUGCUGGUGUCGCUGGUGUCGCUGGCAUUGCUGCUUUGUUGUUGUAAAUUAUUGAUUAAUUGUAUAAAUAGGCUGGGAUAGAUAAUAAAAAAAUUAAGGUACUUCUAGAACUCUUGACAUUUACAUGGAAUAUGAAAUGACUACCGACACAAGAGAG